UUUUCCCCGUUAAUCGUGGGGCUUUCUGGCUCUUCUUCAGAUACUAUUAGUGAUAUUACUAAAAUGAAGAUACUGUUGAUCGCUGUAGCAUUGCUCAUAGCCAUCGAGACUGAAGCUUAUCCAGGGUGGUCUGGUUAUCCUGGCUUCCAAAAUGGACGAGGAAACAAUCCUGGCCAAGGAUGGGGACAUCAGCAACGAAUUGAGCAGCAAAACAAUAUCGAGUGGGUAUGCAAAAACCCAAGGACAAACGACAUAAUGAUUAUUGCCUCCGAUGAAACUCGACAUAUACCGCAACACAAUCAGGAAUCGUGGUGGCAGUGGCAAAACGUUCCACCUGGGCACCAAUGGCAGCAUCAUCAACAGGGAAAUCAGUGGAACAAACCAAUCAUUAUUAUUCAAGAAACUCCGAACACAGAUACAAAUCAUAUAUCAUCUCCGCUUCCGACAACGGAAAUUCCUAAUAACAAUAACGAACAAACGAAUUCUCCGCCUUAUCAUGGUGGAGAAGGAAUCAUCGAUAUUAGAGCUGGGCCAACAGAAUAAUCUAUGUAUUUUUUUGUACUUAUUAUUUAAUUAA